CUGUGUGCCGCCAUGCGCAGGGCGCCAGGCACAUGGCCGGCCCGGCCGCGCACUGCGCUCUUGUCGCUGCUGCUGCUGCUGACCCUCGCCCUCCUGGGUGCCCGGUCCUCGCACACGCCCACCAUCACUGAGCCGGUCUCCCUCUUCUCGCCGAGGGGCGGCAUCAUCCAGUCCAACUCUUUUAAUCUUCGGCCCAUCAAAAACCCGGACACCACCGGCACGGCCAUGGUGUCCUUCGUUGACGGACCGACAGCCCACCACUUCACCCCGAGGCUCUUUGCCGCCCACUUCGAGGACCUGCGCACCGGGCCCCUCCUCGAUCUGACAUCUACCAUCCAGCAUUCGACCCCUCUGGCUCCCAUCUCCACAUCCCAUGUUUUCCCCACUCGCACCGUCUCCCCGGCACUGGUAUCCCUCUCGGCGGAUCGCCUGACCAUCCAGGUGACCACCUCCAGUCGGCUUGCCCUCUUCAGCGGCUCCAAGCCAAACCACUUUCUCGCCGGCCUGGAAGCCUCCGAUGGCCGGAUCUUUGUUUUGACCUUCGAAGAUGGCCAUGCCAUGUUGUAUGUAUCUUCCAAUCCGGACCCCUUCGAGAUGAAUACCCAACAGGCGUCGCACACCUCGGUCCGAGCCGCGCCGGAUCUCACUAGGUUCGUCGUUUGGACCGGCAGCAAUUAUCUGCGCUUCCUGUCCUUGGACGGCUCAGCCAGCAAUAGCCAAUACCCCCAGAGCAUUCUUGAUGUGGUGGUCACUCGACUCCCGGGACAGGGGCCCUCCCAGUCGACCAUCAUUUGUCUCAUGGGCGAUGGGAGCAUCCAAACCGGCUCCGGAACGCCCCCCUCCCUGCCAUCGGGCUUCAUCCCGACCUUCCUGCGUGCGCCCAACGUCCUCGAGCUCGCCGGCGACCAGGCGGUGCCGUGGAUUGUGGUCGGCAACGAGCAGAAGCUCUAUCGGGUGGACAUCACCACCGACACAUGGACGCCCCUGGUUUUGCCGACCGGCAUCGGCCCCCUGGCCGAUGUGGCCAUGUUCUUCCUCCCCCUCACCCCCUCCAAUCAGGCCCACCGCUGGGCCCUGUCCAUCGGCAAUGUGCUGCUCCUGGAUUUCGUCCAAUUCGGAUGCUCCACCGACACCACGAUCGUGUGCCUGACUUCCAGCGGCCACAGCUCUUGGACCUGUGGCUCGGGAUAUGUCUAUUCGCCCCUUCGGCUUGAUGGGUAUCUGUGCGCCGGUUGUCAGUCGGCCCAUUAUCUGAUCUCCUCCACAGGCUCAGUCCCCGCCAGCUGCAGCGCAUGCACCACCCAACAGUGCAGCGUGUGCAACCAGUCGCGCUGCCUCGCCUGCAACCCGAAUUACAUGCUCAGCCUCUCCGCCGACGAGAACCCCUCCUGCCUGUCUUCCUGUCCGGCUGGCCAGAAAGCCGUCGGAGUCAAUACCUGCCUCGCAGAUGACAAUGGCCCACCUAUGAACAUGCACGCCCAUGAACACACCCUGUCCGGCCCGCCUGGCCUGCAGUUUGAGACUGUCGUGCCGUCGGCGAUGCUCAGCGUCGGCGGCGUGCCCUGCCUGCCUGUCAAUGGCGGCCCGAGCGACUCCCACCGGGCCUCCUUCUUGCUGCUGCACCCGGAUCGCCGGCCGGCCAUCGCCCUGGCCUCUCCGUCUCUCGUGGCGUCCCUGCUGGACGCCUCCUCCACCCUGCUGAAUGUCCCCGGCAUCGGGUCUCUCGCCGAGCUGGGCCCCUUUCCUCAUGCCACCCUCGGGACGAGUUUGCACUUUGUCUACUGCACCGCCUCGAACCACCUCCAAGCCGAAAGCGUCACCUGCCCGAAGUCCCCUCAACCGGGCGACACCACGUGCCAAGACUUGUCCAUCUCCGUCGCCCCCUUCGAGGCUAUCCCCUGUGACUCGGUCCGUUCGCUUGGCCCGCGCUUGGUGUCGGUGCUGGGCCGCAGUGAGCUUUUCCUGGUGGAAAUCUCCAACACGCACCAGUGGAAUGUCGUGCGGAUGCCCUUGCGCACCGAUCGCCAUCCGUCCUUCAUUCCCCCGCCUUCCGGGGGGCUGCCCACCGCGUGGGUCCUUGCGGCGACCGCGGCCAAUACCUUCCUCUGGUCGCUGGAGCUGGCCAUGGCCGCCGACUCGCGGCUGCCAUACCACCACGACUCCCCGCCGGCCGUGGGCCAGCCCUCGGACGACCUCUUCCCCUUCACCCUGGCGACCGGUCGUCAGCAGCAGGGCCUGGCGCUGCUGGCCGGCAUGCCCUCCCCCGGCGUUUGGGCCCUGCACAUGCUGCAUGAAAGCGUGCACUCCCAGGGUCGCACCAUCGACCUCCUGCCGCUGACACAGCAAUUCACCCUUGCCCAGGAAGACCUGUUCCCUUUCACCCAGCACGCGGUCACCCUGACCGGCCUCCCGGACUACCCGGCGGCCAUGGUCCUGGUAUCCACGCACCUGAUGGCCGUGGCGCUGCUUCGCUGCCUGGACGCCACGGCCAACUCCUGUGUCUUUGAAGAGCCCCUAAUUCAGAGUGUGCAGUCCCCCCUGAAUCCGGCACUCGCAUCGGUGGCUCUCCUGGGCCGGCCAUCGGGCAUGCACACGGCCACCGGCUCCGGGAUGGCCCUCCUGCUGACCACCGGCGCCGCGGAAAACCCCCUGCUGGAGCUGCUCCUCCCCCUGGUGCCGAUGCCUCCGCAAGGCUGCCCGCCUGGCCAGUACCUGGAUGAGACCGCCUCCCCGGGCCAAUGCAAGCCCUGUGAUCCUCUGUGUGACACCUGCACCGGGCCCGGCCCGGCCGGGUGUACCUCCUGUCGGCUUUACCUUGUCUCGGCGGUCGAUCGGUGCCUGGCCAGCUGCCCGGCCGGCAUGGAUGACCCCCCUUCCUUCCCGGGGCCUUGCGCCUGCCCGGUCGCCUGCAACCAGUGCCUCUUCCCGGCUGAGGACCUUGUCGAGUGCACCUGCCACUCGGACCAUGCCCGGGCCGCGGGGGCGCCCCUGCAUGAGCCCUGUGAGCCGUGUGCGGCCGAGUGCGCGGAAUGCUCGCUCCCCGACAAUUCGCAGGCGUGCACCGCGUGCCCGGCCUCAAGGUGGCUACUCAAUGGCACUUGCCUGGGCACAUGUCCGCCGCACCACUUCCCCAGCAACUCGCAGUGUCUGCGGUGCGAUGCCUCCUGCAAGGAGUGCACCUCGGCCAGCACCUGCACCAGCUGCCCGGAGGGGUACUUCCUGGAUGGCAGCAAGUGCCACCGGUGCCAUGCCACCUGCGCCUCGUGCGUGGACUCGCUCUCUUGCACCGGAUGCCCCGACGGGCUGCUGCUGCCAUCCGCCGGCCCCGACACCGGCCUCUGUGUGGAUGUCUGCCCGGCCGGCGAGACGGCCAACCCCCAGCAAACCCAGUGUCUGGCGUGCGGCCCUGCCUGCGCCCUGUGCUCGGGCAAGCCCGACAUCUGUCUCCUCUGCCGGGAGGGGUACGCCUGGGACCCGGCCAUCACCGGGCCGAAGGGCCAGCGUGUGGGCCAGUGCCUGCCCUGUCCGGAGGGCUGCGCCACGUGCGUGCUGUCGGCCGACCUGCCGGACCAGUGCCUGUCCUGCCUGCCGGGGUACCUGCUGGCCCCGGGGAUGGGCGCCUGCCAGGGGUCCUGCCCGGCCGGGUGGUUCCCCGAGGUGGACCCGGGCAGCACCGGCGGCGGGCACUGCCAGCCAUGCGCCAUCGGCUGCGACCAGUGCACCGGGCCGGAGGACGUCCAGUGCACCGUCUGCGCCCCGGGGCUGGAGCUGCUGCCGGUGGCGCCCGGCGGCCCGGCCACCUGCCAGUCCGACUGCCCGGCCGGGCAGUUCCGCCACCCGGACACCGAUGUCUGCCAGGCGUGCGAUGCGGCCUGCUCCGCGUGCAACGGCCCCACCGAUCGGGACUGCUGGCUCUGCGCGGCCGGGGCCGUGGUCCAGGAUGGCGAGUGCGUGCAGCGCUGCGCCCCGGGGCAUGUGGCCCUCGGGGGCCGGUGCCUGCCCUGCCAUCCGUCAUGCGCCGAGUGCGCCGGCACCCGGAGCACCGAGUGCACCGCCUGCGUGCCGGGCCUGCUGGCUCUGCCGGGGCCGGCCGGGCCGCUGCCCGAGCCCCACCGGUGCCUGGCCGACUGCCCGGCCGGCCAUGGCACCACGCCGGACGGGGCGUCCUGCUCGGCCUGUGAGUCCCGGUGCGUCCGGUGCCCCGGCUCCUUGGAGGGCUCUGCCCUCGGCAUCCGGACCCAGGCGGGCGUCGGCGGCGGCAGCAGCAGCAGCAGCAGCAGCAGCAGCACCGGGCCCUGCCUGCAGUGCGAGCGUGGCUGGCUCCUGGCCCCGCGGCCGCCGCCCAUGGGGCCGGUGUGCGUGCAGCACUGCGACCCGGGCCAGAGCUCCCUCGGGUCUGCCUGUGUGCCCUGCCAUGCGACGUGCGUCACGUGCGAUGGGCCGGCCGCCGAUCGGUGCCUCGCCUGCCAGGCCGGGCAUGUCCUGCACGCCGGGGCGUGUGUGGCGGUCUGCCCGGCCGGGGCCUACCCCGAGCCCGGCGACGGCCAGGGCCCUGACCCCGGCGACCAGUGUGCCCCCUGCCAUGCGGAGUGUGCCGAGUGCCUGGGGCCCCGGGCGGACCAGUGCCUUGCCUGCCCGGAAGGCCGGUCCCUCUUCCAGGGGGCCUGCGUGGCGUCCUGCCCGCCGGGCUCGCAUCCGUCGCUCGGGUCCUCCGGCGAGCUGGCCUGCGCGGCCUGCCACCCGACGUGUGCCACCUGCCAGGGGCCCGGCCCGGAGCAGUGCACCUCCUGCCCGGCCCCGGGGCUCCUGCUGCUGGCCAGCAACACCUGUGUCGACGCCUGCCCCGGGGGGCACUUUGCGUGUGCCGACGGCCGGCGCUGUGGGGCCUGCCAGCCGGAGUGCCGGCAGUGCCAGGCCGCGCCGGCGGGCCACUCGCACCCGGCCGACGGGGGCUCCUGCGCCAGCAUGUGCACGCGCUGCCAGCCGAACUGGGUCCUGGCCAUGGACGGCCACUGCAUGCCCCACUGCCCGGGUGGGGAGUUCCUGCCGCAGGGGCCGGCCCUGGCGGAGGACCUGGCCGCCGGCCGGGCCGCCUGCGUCGCCUGCCACCCCGGCUGCCGGACAUGCGCCCACCAGGCGGACUGGUGCACCUCCUGCGUGGCAUCCGACCAGUGGCUCCUGCCGGCCUCCGGGGUGUGCCAACCUGGCGGGUGCCCCUCGGCCGGCAUGGUGCCGGGGGUGUUUGAUCCGGCCGACGCCGGGGGGCCCUGGCCCGGGCCAGCUCGCGUGUGCCUGGCCUGCGCGCCGGAAUGCCGGGUGUGCGGCCCGGAGGCCGGGUCGGAGUCCGGGCCCGGCGGCGCCGGCCCCCCGGCCGAGACAUGCCGCUUCCUCCUGCCGACCGGGGCCCUGGAGUGCUCGGCGGUGGCCGGCUGCCGGAGCUGCCACAGUGGCUGGCUCCUGGGCCCGGACCCGGGCCUCCCCUGCGUGCAGUCCUGCCCGGAUGGGUAUUUCGCCGAGGCCGAGGAGGGCGCCUGUGCGGCCUGCGCGUCGGGCUGCGCCGCGUGCGAUGGCCCGGGCCCGGAGGACUGCCUGGACGGGCCGAAGGCCGCGCCGGCUCGCCUGGCGCUGGCCCUGGGCCUGGGCCUGGGCGGGCUGGUGCUGCUGCUGCUGCUGCUGCUGGUGGUGCUGCUGCUGGUGCGGCGGUAUCGGCGGUCGGCGGAUGCGGCGGCCCGGCGCAAGGGCGCCGCCGCCGGCGACCCCGGCCUCGAUGCCGACGCCACCGUGCUCAACACCAUGGUCGAGCUGUCGCUCCCCGGCAGCAUGAUGGUCAACCUGGCCGGGGACUUUGCCCCGCUCAAUGAGGGCCCGCUGGGCUCCGGGACCCAGGCCACGGUGUUCGCCGCGCGGGCCGUCGGGGCCGGCAUCUCCGACCGGCUGGGCUGCCCGGCCACGGUGGCCGUCAAGCAGCUCCGGGCCCCGGCCGCCGGUGGCCCGGCCCCGGGCCGCACGCCGGUGGCCCUCUUCCAAAAUGAGAUCUCCCUGAUGUGGCUGCUGCGCGACUGCGCCAAUGUCGUCCGGCUGUAUGGGUACAGCGAGCAGCCGCCGGCCAUCAUCAUGGAGCGCUUCCAGACGGACCUGGCCACGUUGCUGCACUCGGAGGUUGCCCUGCGGCCGGGCGAUGUGCUGGGCAUCUGCCAACACUGGGCCACCGGUCUGGAGGCCAUGCACCUGCAGGGCAUCGCCCAUUGCGACCUGAAGCCCGGCAAUGUCUUCGUCAACCAGCAGGCUGACGGGGGCUGGCACGCGGCCCUCGGCGACUUGGGCACCAGCCGCAACCUGUCCAGCGACCGGUCGUCGGCCCUGACCACCGCCCCGCCGCAGCUGAAUGCGCUGACCGCGCGCUACGCCUCGCCCGAGGUCCUCCUCGCCUUCCGCCGCAAGACCCUCCUGGACCGGGAGCUCUUCCUGGCGUCGGACAUCUACAGCGCGGCCAUCAUGCUGUGGGAGUGCCUGGCGCGGGCGGUCCCCUGGGACGGCUGUGGCUUCGAGCAGAUCCUCGAGGCCACCCUGUCCGGCGAGCGGCCGGACGUGGCCCAGGCCACCCUGCUGGCGUCUGCGGCCGGGCCCCUGCUGGACAUGCUCCCGCUGGCCUGGGAUUCGGACCCGCAUGCGCGCCCGGUGGCCGCGGCCUUCCGGCAAAAGUGCUCCAUGGCCUUCGUCACCCUGUGA